AUGCCUGCAACUACUGAAGAGAAUGUUCCGCAGUCGCCCAGCCGCCACAUCGAACUGGUAGAGGACGAGGCUCAUUCGGAACGCGGCGAUGGCAACGCCAGCCCAGCCCUGACAGAUAGCAAAGGCUGGGAUGGCAAGCUCCGUGUCGACCGUGCCGCUCUCAUACAAAACCCUGAGGCUCUGUCGGACCCGGAAUACUCAGACGACGAGAAUGUCUUGCCAGGCGAAGAAUUGGCCGCCGACGAAGAUCUGCUCAACGAUGAAGACCCCGAGACCGAGGAUAUUGCCCUCAUACAAUCACGUAUUGGAAACAUUCCCGCUUUGCAUCUCGAACGCUUCAAGCAAGUCACUCGCCUAUGCCUCCGCCAAAACCUCGUUCAGCAUAUCGAAGGCCUGUCCCCGCUUGGCCCUACUCUCGAAGAGCUGGAUUUUUACGACAACCUCAUUGCGCACAUCAGAGGCUUGGAGGAUUUGACAAACCUCACAACGUUGGAUCUCAGUUUCAACAAGAUUAAGCACAUCAAGCACAUUGACCACUUGACAAAGCUCAAAGAUCUAUUUUUCGUGGCAAACAAGAUCAGUAAGAUUGAGGGUCUAGAAACUCUGGUGAACCUGCGUCAGGUUGAGUUGGGAUCAAACAGGAUUAGGGAGAUCAAGAACCUCGACACUCUUAAGAACCUGGAAGAGCUCUGGUUGGCCAAGAACAAGAUCACCGAGAUCAAGGGCUUGUCUGGUUUGCCCAAGCUGAGAUUACUAAGCAUCCAGUCCAACAGGAUAAAGGACCUAACACCUCUCCGUCAAGCGCCACAGCUUGAGGAGCUUUACAUCUCACACAACGCGUUGGAAAGUUUGGAGGGUCUGGAUGGAAACCCCAACCUGAAGGUCGUGGAUGUUUCCAAUAACAUGAUCCAAAGCCUAAAAGGCCUUGAGAGUCUCAAAGAGAUCGAAGAAUUUUGGGCAAGCUACAACCAAAUUGGGGAUUUUGCCGACGUCGAACGUGCUCUCAAGGACAAGGAGAAUCUAACGACGGUCUAUUUCGAGGGCAACCCUCUGCAGCUGCGCCAGCCAGCGCUAUACAGGAACAAGGUCCGACUUGCUCUACCGCAAGUGCAGCAGAUUGACGCCACUUUCGUCAGGACAUCGUGA